AAACCGACACCACCUUUUUUGCAAACAACAUACUACCGCUCUGAAUGUUAAAGUAAAUACACUGGACUGUGAUUACUCAGAACAUUAUUGUUAGGUCCUUUGUUUGGCCCGAGUGUAUAGGUUUCCUUGACACGAACCGAGUAUAAACAAGUAUUAAAGUGGACCGACGUGUUUCUUCCCGGACAAUGGGGCUGCCCGCCGACGGCGUAUUGUGGACACCGACCGCUAGAUGGCGUCGUAAUUUCUACGUGUACGUCGCCGGUCCGCCCGCGCGUCCGUCUCCAGCGGAGCGGCUCCCCUCUUGUCCUUUCCAGGUGUCUCCUCAGCUGCAAAGACCACUUUAAAUGUAGGACCGGGACAAGAUGGCGGAUUUAUCUUUGCUUCAGGAAGAUUCUCAGGAGGAAAUUGACGGAUUUGGUGUGGAUGACUACAGCUCGGAGUCUGACAUCAUCAUUAUCCCUUCAGCGUUGGACUUCGUAUCGCAAGAUGAGAUGCUGACACCCUUGGGCCGAUUGGACAAAUACCUUACCAGUGAGAAUAUUUUUAACAGGCAAAUGGUGGCUCGAAGUUUGCUAGACACCCUGAAGGCAGUGAGCGAGGACGAGAGAGACUGCAUCGCUGUGCUGGAGCGGGUCAGCAGGCUGGCGGACGACUCGGAGCCCACGGUGCGGGCCGAGCUGAUGGAGCAGGUGCCUCACAUCGCCAUCUUCUGCCAGGAGAACAGACCCUCCAUCCCCUUCGCCUUCUCCAAGUACCUGCUGCCCAUAGUGGUGAGAUACCUGGCUGACCAGAACAACCAGGUGAGGAAAACGAGCCAGGCUGCACUUCUGGUGUUGCUGGAGCAGGAGCUUAUCGAGCGUGUCGACAUCGAGAGCCAGAUCUGCCCUGUACUGGUAGACCUUACGGCCCCAGAUAGCAACGAUGACGUCAAGACUGAAGCCAUGGCGAUCAUCUGCAAGAUGGCGCCCAUGGUGGGGAAGGACAUCACAGAGCGCCUCUUCCUGCCGCGGUUCUGUGAGAUGUGCUGCGACUGCCGCAUGUUCCACGUGCGCAAGGUGUGCGCAGCCAAUUUUGGGGACAUGUGCAGCGUGGUUGGGGGUGAGGCGACCGAGGAGCUGCUGUUGCCCCGCUUCUUCCAGCUCUGCUCCGACAACGUGUGGGGUGUCCGCAAGGCUUGUGCAGAGUGCUUCAUGGCCGUCUCCUCCGCCACCUCUCAGGACGUGCGCCGCACCAAGCUGUCCUCACUCUUCAUCAACCUCAUCAGCGACCCGUCCCGCUGGGUGCGACAGGCCGCCUUCCAGUCCCUUGGCCCGUUCAUCUCCACAUUUGCCAGCCCCUCCAGUGCUGGCCAGUACUUCAGGGAAGAGGGGGGGGAUGGCACACGCACCUGUCCCCCCAGCAGUGGGGAAGCUUCAGAGACUGCAGUGAGCAAGCCUCCAGUCAGUCUAAAUGCAGAGGCAGCCUCCGAUCAGCAGGGGGCGACGUUGAGCCUGGACUCGGACUGCUCGCUGGAUCUCACCCAGGAAUACCCCUACUCGGAGGUGCCAGAUCACCAGCCCCACUGUGAUGUGGAGGCACCAGGCUGCUGCAGGACGGAGGAGAGCAGUGUGGACCUUGGGGUGGAGGGUGGAGGGGAGCAGGCAGCUGAGGCUCUAGCGUCGGACGUCUCGUGCGACGCGGAGGCUGAGCCAGAUCCGGAUCCUGACCCAGAUCCGGUUUUUGGGGAUGUUGAUGGGGGUGAGGCCUCUUACUUGGAUGCGGUGGAGAAUACGACCAUAGCAGAGGAUCGGGAUACGGCCGCCCCUGCCGAGGCGGUCCCGGGGGCCGUCCCUGAACAGGAGCUCUACAACUCCUUCCAUUACUGGAGGACUCCUAUCCCCAACAUUGACAUAGACCUGGAGUUACAGGAGGAUCAGGGCCCAGAGCGAGCAAGCACCAGCCCACCUGGGCACCAAGGGGCCCCUUCCCUCGGCCGGAAGGAGCUCGAGGAGAUGAUUGAGAACCUUGAGCCGCACAUAGACGAUCCCGACGUGAAAGCACAAGUGGAUGUGCUGACGGCUGCCCUCCGGGUCGCGGCGCUGGACUGCCACCUGGCAGGGGUGGUGCCAGAGCUCCGGGACGCUGCCCGAGGCCGCGGCGGCCCCUUCGGCGCCCACGCCGUGCCUUUGAUCACAGACGCCGCCGACAUCCAGAACCACGAGCCGACUCUCACGAUCCGGCACAGCGACGACUCCGAGCUCAGCGACAGCCCGAGUCCCGAGGAGAAGAAGUCUAAGCGGCAGGACGUGGUACCUCAAGCCCUACUGGACCAGUACCUGUCCAUGACCGACCCGUCACGUGCUCAGACUGUUGACAUGGAGAUCGCCAAGCACUGCGCCUACAGCCUGCCAGGGGUUGCCCUCACCCUGGGCCGGCAGAACUGGCACUGCCUCCGGGACACCUAUGAGACGCUGGCCUCGGACAUGCAGUGGAAGGUGCGCCGGACGCUGGCCUUCUCCAUCCACGAGCUGGCCUUGAUCCUUGGAGACCAGCUGACGGCUGCGGACCUGGUGCCCAUCUUCAAUAGCUUCCUCAAGGACCUGGACGAGGUGCGGAUAGGGGUCCUCAAGCACCUCUACGACUUCCUCAAGCUGCUGCACCAAGACACCCGCCGCAAGUACCUGUACCAGCUGCAGGAGUUCCUGGUCACGGAUAACAGCAGGAACUGGCGUUUCAGAUCAGAGCUCGCCGAGCAGUUGGUCUUGUUGCUGGAGCUAUACAGCGGUCAGGAUGUCUACGACUACUUGCGCCCCCUGGCUUUCAGCUUGUGCACUGACAGAGUCUCCUCUGUGCGGUGGAUUGCCUACAAACUGGUGAGUGAGAUUAUCAGGAAGCUGUCUUCUGACCCACCCCUGGUGGCUGACUUCAUGGUGGAGCUGGUCGACAAGUUCUGCCACUCGCCGAAGUGGUCGGGGCGCCAGGCCUUUGCCUCUGUGUGUCAGCUGGUCAUCGAGGACGACUGCGUCUCCCUGGAGCAGUUCUCCGAGCACCUGCUGGCCCCGCUGCUCCAGCUGGCGUCCGACCCGGUACCCAACGUCCGGGUUCUUCUGGCCAAGACCAUCCGGCAGAGCCUGCUGGAGAGGGUGGCGGGGCAGGCGGGGGCCACUGCCCCUGGGACAGGCCCUCCCCUGGAUCGUAGAGGGCCCUCCCCCCAGCCAAAAGAGGACCCUCUCAUAUCCUCCUGAGACCCAAGGAAAGUGUCCUUCAAUUUUAGG